AGCUGAUUUUGUUGUGUAAAACGUCAAAUUGCGAGAGAGACGGUGGAAAAUUUGUUACAUUGUCUCAUCUGCGUAGAAAAAAGGCACUCUCGGACAUUUUGUUGCAUUUUAAAAGGCAAAAAAGCGUGCAAAAACAGGAUAAAAGCGUCGAAUGGAGGGUGUGUGUGGUGGGUGGUAAGGGAAAAGUGUGGAAUUGUGUGUGAAAAAAGUGGGCCAAGUCAAUUGCCAAAAGUGAAAAGUUGAUUGUGUAAAACGAUGACGCAGUUUGUUGAAAUCCACUGAAAUUGCCCAGUUAUGUGUUUGGCUGCCUUCCAGACAGAAGUGACUCUUGCAGAUAGUCUGAAGCAUCAACAUGUCGGAGUCUCCACGUCGCGGCGCCCGCAACGUCCCGGCCGUGGUGCCCCCUCAGGCGGUGUGUGAUCGCUCGGUGCUGGACAGUGUGGCUGGCUUCAUCAAUGAUGUCACCCUCACGUCCACCAGCAGCGCCACGGACACCGGGAAGGAGUCCAUUCUGUGGGCUCGCUUCGAGACGGACGCCGAUGUGAGUGAUCUGAAGUUCGGUGAGGAUUGGGAUCUCGAGGCAGAUUGUGCUCCUCCAUUGCUCCUGAUCCUGGGCUAUGGGACUGGGGUGCAAGUAUGGGCAAUCCCUGCCAAUGGGGAGGCCGUUGAGGUGCUUUCAUGGCGUCAUGGUAGUGUGAGAUGUCUGAGAAUUCUGCCAACUCCAGUUCCCGAUGAUGCCGAUCUAGCUGAUGUUCCGUGUGAUCAAUUUGCCUCAAAGCGCCCCAUUAUGGCACUGUGCGACAGCCCCCAAGCACCAGGGGCUGUUACGGGCGGAAGCACUGCUCACUGUUCGGUGUCCUUUGUCUCCCUGGCCGAUGGGGAUGUGGUGAAGAGUAUCAAAUUCAAAAAUCCCAUCCUCGAUAUCCUCGCCAAUAGAUCCACCAUUGUGGUGACCUUCCAAGAGAGGAUAGCGGUCUUUGAUGCCAGAAACUUCGAGGAUAGAUGCACAGUGACCACAUGCCAUCCCAGUCCUGGUCUCAAUCCCAAUCCCGUAGCCCUGGGUGCCAGGUGGAUGGCUUAUGCUGAGCGGAGGCUCAUGUCGAAGCGCAGCAGCGGAGGAUGCGAUUGCGAUGGUGUGGCCAGUUACACGGCCACAAUGCUCAAUGCGGCAAAGAGUCUGGGGAAGGGUCUGAGGGAAUUGGGCGAAUCCAUGGCAGCGGGAUUUAGUGGUCAGGGACAAAUGCAGGCUGGUAGUCCAGGAUCAGGAAGUUCAACACCCGUUUCCGAUCCCAGACAACCCGGAUUGGUCACAAUAAUGGACAUUAAGCAUCCAAUAAAAGACAUCAGCCCCACGACUGGAGCUCCAAUUUCAGCUUCGGGAGUAGAUCCCAUUGUGGCCCAUUUUGUUGCCCAUUCGGAUGCAAUUGUGGCUCUGGAAUUUGAUCCGUCGGGGAUGCUUCUGCUGACAGCCGAUCGCCGUGGUCAUGACUUCCAUGUCUUUCGUAUUCAUCCACAUCCAGGUGGAGCCUCACAUGCAGCCGUUCAUCACCUCUAUGUGCUCCAUCGAGGAGAUACGACAGCCAAGGUGCAGGAUAUUGUGUUUUCCUUGGACUCACGCUGGGUAGCCGUCAGUAGUCUACGGGGCACAACUCAUGUGUUUCCCGUGACUCCGUAUGGUGGUCCAGCGGGGAUUCGCACCCAUGGAUCGCCUCAUGUUGUCAAUCGCCUGUCGCGCUUCCAUCGUUCGGCGGGUUUGUCCAUGGACGGCGGCCGGUCGAGUAGUCCGGUUUCCUACACAGAUACACCCCAUGGAAGCAGUCACACGGGUGGUGCCUAUGCUAAUCCCAGACUCCCACCCUUCCCGCAUCCAACUGUCAUUCUGCCACUGACGCAGCUAAGACAGCCUACAACAUUGGUGUCAGUCGCGGGAUCUGGAACCACUCCGUACGUGAAGGGCAGACAGAGACACUCUUCACUUUCAGACGAUGCCAGUUCCACCAAGCCACUGCGAAUGUGUGCCACUUUUGCGAGACCCAGAGCCUGGCUCCUAGAUCCUCCGGGAAGUGCCAGAGAGGCACCGUCACUGAGGAUGCAGAGACGUGCUGUUGAUUCACUUUUCAUCAUGGCGGGACAUGGAGCACUGAUUCAGUACGACCUCGAACCCAAGCACACAUCAAGUGUCGCCAAGGAAAGAGUUAGCGAUGAUACGCCAAUUGAAUUGGAUGUCGAAGCAAAGGCUCAGUGGAAUCUACUGAGAACUGUGGAUUCUCUGACAGAAAUUCAGCCACCAUUGCCCUCGGACAAUUGGUUGCUGAGGGAUCGGGUUUUUGAGGCGGAGAAUGCUGAGGAUGUGCGUGAGGGAGAGAGGGAUGAUCGUUGGUUGGCUCAGGUGGAGAUUAUAACCCAUGCUGGGCCACAUAGGCGCCUCUGGAUGGGACCACAGUUCAUCUUUAAGACCUACAACACACCCAGCGGAUCAUCGCUGAGUCACAUUGAUGCUGAAUCUGUGGAAGUGGGAAUUGCUACGGCCAGUGGAGCCCUUCCGGCCAGAUCUAAUCCAAUGAAUAUGCCAAUCACGACCACAGGACGUCCCAUUGUGCCCGUUCUCAUUGAAUCCGGAUCUUACAGCAGCUACGAGCCCAGCCCACGUCUAACUGAUCAAUUCCGCCAUGAUGACAUGGAUCCGGACUUUAGUCUGGGACCCCGAGAGUCCCAACUGAGGGAAGAUCUGGCUGAUGCCAUGCGCGAAUCACCGAGUGUAUCGCGAGAUACAACAGGUCCAUCAGCGUCCGUGAGACGUGAGACAGUCGCGUUGGGACAUUCGACUCCGCCCCUAAGUGGGACGUCGUCGCGUUCGGUGGCCAAAGUGGUUAAUCCACUGGGGACAGUGACCACGGUGACACAGUCAGUGGCUAUGUCCUCGGUUGAGCUGGAUACCUGCCUCGCGGAUCACUAUUUGCACGAGAAUUGCGAUGAGGCGCUCUUUCGGCCCGUUGUCACAGUGAUUAGUGACGUUCGGAUGGCCCCAAGUGACGAUACAGUGCUCCAAGAUGCUCCAGAACCUGUUGGUACUGAGCUAAUUGUGCCAGUGAUGGAGGAGGAAAGGAUGCACAGGAAGUCACCGGAGAAGGAAAUUGAGGAGAAAAUGGCAGAAAUUUCGGUAACGAAAAAGGCCAAGAAAAACAAGAAACACGAAGAAAAAGAACCAUCACCGCCCCCAAUGGAACCUGAACAAACUUCCAAGGUUCCCCCCAAGGUCCAGAAAAAGCCCCAAACUGGAUCGGUAAAGUCCCGAAGGACCAAAAAAGGUGCACAAUUUGCUAAAAAUCUGCCCGAAGAUGAACACAAAAUAAGUCCUCCAGAUGAAAAAAUUGAGCAUAAAAUCGAUGAAAUUCUGCUAGACGAACCGCAACAACUACCACCGGAUGACGAUGAAGAAAAUUUACCCCAGUACAAGACCCUAAAGCAGGACUUUGAAAUGAUUCAGGAUACUUUGCUCAAGGAUUCAAUUGUCACGACAACGGCAAAACGUGACGAAGAAUUUCCCGAAAUUGUCAAUAAUUUCUUCGAUGUGACAACAACAAAGUUGGAUUUGGAAUUUCCCGAGGAGGAUGAUUGUGAUCGUGUGGUGGAACCGUUAGCACCGUUAGAGCCAUUUGAAUUGAAAUUCGAACCGAUGUUUGUGUAUCAGGAGGAGGAGCCAAUGCUGUACGACAGUAUGGGAUUGAGACGGCAGGAAAAUGAACAAUUCUGGUCGGAUCACUUUUACAGUAGCUACGAAGAGAAAUUCACGGACAAUCAUCAUGUUCCCACCGAGAGAAUUCUCUCAGUUAGUGGUUCAUCGGAAAAUGACUCGGAAUCAUCUUCGGGCGGUGAGAAGGCAAGUGAGGGCAGUGAUGGGCACGAUGAGGAACUUCAGCCAUUGAUAAAUGCCAGUGGAGGUGCAAGUGAAGGAUCACCACAAUCAGAUCGCUAUGCAGCAGCUGAUCAGAAGGUAACAACGGUUCACGACGACAAGGAAUCAUCAACAAAGGCAUCAGAAACACUGCCAAUGACCAACCAAAGUGAUUCAAAGCAGAAAAAGAAGAAAUCACGCAAGAAAAACAGAUAAAAUAUGGCAAACUCUCUUCUCUUUGACAUCUAACAAACAAGGAAUAGAAGCAAAACACUUCCUUUCAGGAAGAAAAAAAUGGGCCAUUAUUGCAGAAACUUGUAGCUUUUUUUCAAAAUCCCAUAUUUUUCAGGAUUAUUGAAGUGAAUGAGUAAGCUCCGCCCAAAAGACAUUUUAGGCCACGCCUCCUUCAGGUAAACCUCAAUUGCCUAGUUGAAAUUUCUUGUAUCCAAGAUUUCUUUAUCUUUCUUUCCUUGACGAUAACCCCACAAAGCAAAACAACAUUUAAAUUGUAGUCCAUUAAAAAAAAUAGACCACGCCCCCAAUGGGAAUGAAAAAUAAUCAGAUAUUUGCUUAACAAAAACCUAUUAAUUUUUCAGUGUUACCGAAUAUUGAUUACAAAUCAGUAACUUUGGAUGGUAACAGUGCAGAAGAGUAAAAAAAAUUGCCAAAAAAAUAGAACACGCCCCUAAUAAAAAUGUAAAAUUGCCCUCAUCGAUUUCUUGGUAGUGAUCCGUUUUUUUAUAGUGAUUAAAGGGGUAGCAAAGCGUCCCAGGCUUUGCGAAAUGCUCGAACUCAUGACUUAGAUGCUAUACUUCAAAAGUACUUUCGCAUAAUUUACCGGUACACAACCGAUUUGAAUCGAUUCAUAAAUCACUCAAUAGAAAUCACAAAAUAGUUUACAGGGUAAUAAAAAUUAAUAUUCGAACAAAAAUGACUUAUCGGUAAAUAACCGGUUCAUUACCGAUUCACAACCGAUUUGAAACGACUUAUAAAUCACUCAAAAUAUUUCUCAAAAUACACCUCAGGAGUAAUUUAAUUGAAUUUCGUAUAAAAAUUAGUUAUCGGUUAUGAACCGGUUCAUCACCGUAGGCUUUGCGAGCUGCUCAAACUCCCGAGAAGGAGUUCUGCCUUAUAUUCCUUUUUGCAAAUUUUUCUCGUGCAUAUAAAAUUAUUGUCGAAAUAAAUUUGUCUAUAAAUCACCACAAAAUCAGCUUGAAGUUGAAAAUUGUUCAAGAAGAGGGUUUCAUUUUAUUUAAUUAAUUGACCAAAUCGGGUGAAAAUUAGGCAUUUGACCUGAAUAAUUCAAGAUGGCGAAUUUCCCGACUACCGACAAAACAUUUUCAAAAAUGAACGAAAUCGCCAGGGCCAAUUUUUUGCAAAAUUGGAAAAACCUCAUUUUUGACCUAUUUUUGGGGGAUAGGGAACGCAUGAAAGGGGAGGGGGGAAAUAAAGAGGUUGGUUUUUUAGAUAAUGUCAUCUGAGGAGGGGUCAUCGAAAACCGGAAGUUGAUAUCUCUUACCGUUCGAAUUUUAUAUGGGUCAAAAGACUGAAAAAGUGCGAAAAACAGUAUUUUUAAAAUAAAGCUAUUACCGUUACUUUUUCGAUCCAUCACCGAUUAUGACCGAUGCAGUCAGGUUCAGAAUUAUAAGUCCUUUCAAAAAAUCCAAAUUUAACAAAAUCCGUUGAAAAUUAGGCCCUCCAGCUUUGUUGAACUUUGACCUUCAAUAAUUCAAGAUGGUGUUUUUUCCGGUGAUAGGUAUCUAAGGACGAAAUGUUCAGCUGGAUUACCUCCAAAACAUUUCCAAAAA